AUGCAGCCACUGGAGGAUCGCCUUCGGGCGGCCAUGGCAAAGGUUGCCGACCAGAUGCGGGACAAGUACGACAUGGGCCUGGCAGCAGCCUUCUACUCCUCGAACCUGUCCUUCAGCGUCGCAUCUGGCUACACGGAUGCAGGCCUGGGGCUCGGUGCGAAGACGCGGCCGGCCGAUCCGGACGACUUGUAUGUUUGGGGAUCCACCACAAAGAUGAUCACGGCGCCCGCGGUGCUGCAGCUGGUGGAGCGGGGCCUCGUGAACUUGACGGACCCCAUCAGCGUGCACGUGGACCCCAUCCUUUUGCAGCUGAAUGGCACUCACUUGGAGGCCCAUUUCGGCAGUGCGAUCCGCGGGGUGCAGAUUCAGCAUCUGCUUCACAUGACCUCAGGCAUCCAAGACUACGAUGGCGAGGCGUUUUCGGCAGCCCAGUUUGCCAACCGAUCUAAGGCAUUCGGGCCGGUUGAGAUCUUGACCAGGUUCGUAAGCCCAACCUUGCAGUUUUCUCCGGGAGAGCGCCAAGCCUAUUGCAGCACCAACUAUAUCCUUUUGGGCCUCGUCCUUGCCACGCACUAUCAUCGAGCUGGUAGCGCGUGGAGCUGGCAGGACUAUGAUCAAACAUCGGUCGUCCCCGCUGCUUUGCAAAAGGCUUUCGCCCACUCCCUGUUCGUGAAGAGUGGCCCCUGCAGUCAGUACACACCCGUGCAUGGUUUCAUGGGCUUCUAUCCCAGUGCGCAGCUUCCAAAGCAGGAUGUGUGGAACGUCAGCUGCCUCGGCGGAUGGACGGCGGGGAACUACGUGGGGUCCGUGGCCGACACUGCGCGUUUCACCUACGAGCUCUACAACCUGAAGGAUCCCAAGAUCGUCUCCGCAGAGUCGCAGGCGCAUCUGACCAACUUCACGGCCCCGGGCAUGAGCAGCUUCAAGUUCUACGGCAUGGGUACCUUCAACCUGGACUGGAGCAUCGGUGAGGACGCCUAUGGCCACGUGGGGGACACGUACGGGUACCAGUCGCAGACGACCUACGUACCGGGCUUCGACUUUGUGAUCUCAGUCGCAACCAACGUGGAGACGGCCAAGCAAGCUCAGCCUGCCGACUUCACCUGCCAUGCCUACCAUGAGCUGAAGGCAGUCCUGACCGGAAAGCCCGCUCCUCGCUGCGUCUUCGUUGUGCCACAACGGUUCAUCGGGAAAUGCCUUUGCCUUGGCGAGUCCGGGUCUGAAGUGUUCGUCUAG